AUGGCUCCUAAACGCGCCGCCGAGGGCGCAUCCUCAAAGGACCACCAAGUCAAGAAGCGCAAGGGCUUCGGACCAAACACCCUCCCCGAGGGCCCAUGGCGUAGAAAGGUCGAAAAGAAGAAAAUCGAGCUCAUCCACAAGGCCAAGAUCAAGAAGGCCUACGCAAAGAUCAAGGAGCGAGAACUCGCUUCCCGGGAGCCCUCCUCCUCCUCAAACGCGCAGCAGCCCGCCACCGCACUGGCAAAGGAUGUCUCCAGCGAAGAUGAGCUCGACUCCCUCCAGGAUCCCUCCAGCAAAACGGGCUCUCCCGCGCCAACCUCAGCACCAGCAGAAGCAGCAGAAGCAGCAUCAUCAGCAGUAGACACACCCACUGACGCCACAUCCUCAUCCUUAUCAACAUCAACACCGGCAACAACAACAACAACAACAACAACCACGCCUCACCCCUCCAAAGAAGAAGUCCACCCCUCCCGCGCAGAAAUGCUCGAAAACGACGGCGAACCCCCCAACCCAAACACCAUCGCCGUCAAACGCAAGCGCACGGCGGAAGAAUCAGCCGACGCCGACGCCGAUGCCACAGCGGCAACCGAGGACAUCGCCGCCGCCCCCGCCGCCGGCGAUCGCUACGAACCCCGCCAGCAGCGCAGACCCCGCAAGCCAGGCUACUACGAGAAGCAGCUCGCCCACGCCGAGAAGAAAAAGGCCGAGGCCGAGGCCCGCCGCGCCGAGAUCCAGCGCCGCCGCGAGGAGCGCGAGCGCAAGACGGCCGACCGCGAGCGGUACCGCCGGGCCAUGGCGAAAGCGCGCAAGGGGUCCGAGAACGGUGGGCAGCGCAGGCUGGGCAGGGAGAGCGCGCUGCUGUUGGAGAAGGUGAGGCGUAUGGUUGGGGAUUCCAAGUGA